ACUUAUGAUAAUGACUGGCAUUGCAACAAAUUAUCUUUAUGGAAUUUCAAAAACAGCUAUUCACGAAACUUACAGUGAACCAGUUCGUUUUAACGAAAUUCAGCUUGGUCUACGUGUUGAGAAUGACAAGAUUUUUGAAGAACAGAUAGAAACGGGAUAA